GUGGGCGUAGAUAAGGCGGAGACGCAUCUACACGCCUUGAGUCCUCCUGUUGGGCUUCUCCGUUGGACUGUGCCAAACAAAGUUAUUCUUCGAAGGAGGCUGCCCCUGAUAGGCAGGCAAACGGUCAAUAACGAGGCUGCGAAAGAGGCCCUGUGCCAAACAUUUUGAUGGUCCGUGAAACAUCAUCUCAGGGAAUUGGCCACUGAACAUCACAAGUCAUGUACCAAGUAGUACCAGGAGGAGCUGGGGGCACUAUUACGGAUGUCAUCCCCAAGCAGAAACACACAAAGGACACCCGACCGUUGGUUGGAGCCGGAGUCAUUGGUCUGGUGCUGGUGAUCGCGGCUGUAACUGCCUGGUGUUAUUACAUAGCCUCUCUACGCAAAGCUGAGCUGUUGAAGACUCAGCUGUUGGAUCUGAAUAAAGAUGGCUAUAUUAUUCGCAAUCAAGGAGGGUCUAUUGUUUUCAGAAUGGACUUCAGAUCUGGAACCCUUGAUUUGGACUCCUGCUCUAAAGAAGGAGAGAUGCUGAGCUGUGGACGCACCACUGACAGAAAACUGAACUUUUUCAUUGAGACCGUACGACCUAAGGACACUGUGCAGUGUUACCGUGUGCGUUGGGAGGAGCUUGUUCCAGAUAUACCUGUUGAGCAUGCCAUGACCUACAAGUUUGCACACUGGUAUGGAGGUGCAGUGUCAGCUAUUCAGCACUGGCCUAUUUCCCUCUCAGGCCAGCAGGCUCCCAAACCCUUUGUUACAAGUGACAUCUAUUCAAAUCGUGAUGAAUUUGGUGGCAUUUUGGAGAGUUACUGGCUUUCAUCCAAUGCUACUGCCAUCAAGAUCAAUAAUUCAGUGCCUUUUCAUCUUGGCUGGAAUGAUACUGAGAAGACUAUGUACUUCCAGGCACGAUACAAUGAUAGUCCGUUUAAACCAAACCCCGGGGAGGCACCAUGUGCUGAACUUAGCUACAGAGUUUGUGUUGGUCUGGAUGUGACAUCCAUACACAAGUACAUGGUUCGCAGGUACUUCAAUAAACCAUACAAAGUGCCUGCCAAAGUCAUGUUCAGCCAUCCUAUUUGGUCGACCUGGGCAUUACAUAAAACUAAAAUAGAUCAAGAGAAACUAUUGGAAUAUGCCGCUAACAUCCGCAAAUAUAACUUUAACUGUAGCCAUCUGGAACUAGAUGAUGGCUACACUAGCCACUAUGGAGAAUUUGAAUUUGAUCCAGUCAAGUUCCCCAAUGCCUCCGACAUGUUCCAAAAGUUGAAAACGGAUGGAUUUUUGGUUUCUCUGUGGAUUCACCCUUUUGUUAAUUAUGACUCCGCAAACUUCCAUACUUGUGUAGAAAGGGACUUGUUUGUUCGAGAGCCUACUGGCCGACUACCAGCUCUGGUACGUUGGUGGAAUGGCGUUGGUGGAAUUUUGGACUUCACAAAUCCAGAGGCCCGUGAGUGGUUUGCUUCCAAGCUACGUUCACUGCGUUCAAGGUACGGAGUGGCCUCCUUUAAGUUUGACGCAGGUGAGACAAACUACUUACCGUGGAAAUUUAGCACCCGGACUCCGAUUCGGGACCCAAGUUUUUUCACCAGACGUUACACCGAAAUGGCCAUCCUCUACAAUGAUAGAGCUGAGCUGCGCAGCGGCUAUCAAUCACAGAACAUCUCCUGCUUCUUCAGACCAAUUGACAGAGAUUCUGUGUGGGGCUAUGAGUUGGGUCUCAAAUCCCUUAUUCCCACCGUGCUCACCAUCAGCAUUCUUGGGUACCAGUUCAUUCUCCCAGACAUGAUCGGAGGGAACGCCUAUCUAAACCGCACUGACGGAAGGCACACAUUACCUGACCGGGAGCUGUAUAUCCGGUGGUUGGAGCUGUCGGCCUUCAUGCCCUCUAUGCAGUUUUCAGUUCCGCCAUGGGAAUAUGGAGACGAGGUGGUUGAGAUUGCUCGAAAAUACACGGCCCUCCAUGAAAGUAUUGUGGCACCGCGGGUCCUGGAGCUGGCAAGUGAGGUGGUUGAUACUGGGGACCCAAUCAUACGCCCCCUGUGGUGGAUUGCCACAGGUGACGAGACAGCCUAUAAAAUUGAUUCCCAGUUCCUGAUUGGGGAUGACCUCAUGGUAGCGCCAGUGUUGGAGCCUGGGAAGCAAGAACGCGACAUCUACCUCCCUGCUGGCCACUGGAGGAGCUACAAGGGGGAGAGGUUUGACAUCAAAGAGCCACUGCACCUUACAGACUAUCCUGUAGAUCUGGAUGAAAUUGCAUACUUUGUUUGGGUUUAGCAAAAAACAGGAAUUGCAAACUUAAUAAUCCUUUGCUCCAAUUUGGAUGCUGCGUAUGUCUCACAAAUUGAUCUUUUCUGAUUGAUUUGUCAUGUUGAAAGUGAAGCUUCUGACAGGUUUUCAUCUUAACCCAAGAUUAAUACAAAUAUGUGAUAUUUGUGUUACUGGUGCUCAGCAUUUUUGUACCAUUUUAUCAUUUUACUACACUUAAAAAGACAUUAAAGCAUCUUAUUUUUUGUCAGUUUUGAGGUUAUGUAUGGUGAGGCGCUGCACAGCAGUAAUAUACAGAGGACAGACAAGUCUUAAGACAACAAAAUGCUAACUGUUCAAAUAGCAGUGUCUUUAUGACUUCAGCUAGAUUUGGCUGUCAUGUCGUUAAACCCCAGUCAGGCUGUGGCACCAAAAUAACAGUAUGUGCUCAAACCAUAACAGCAAUAUUAAAAUCAUAUAAGAUAAGUUUUUGGGGUACUUUAAAAAAAAGAAAAAUUGUCUAAAGUUUAUUUUGUUGCUACAAGUAACUAAUUUUAUACAUUUUUUUGGAAAAGGGAAUCUGCAAACUGUGAAUUUCAUGCCAUUCAGCUGUUAUGUUUUUGAGAAAACAGCACGUUGAAUGUUGGGUACGCCAAACAAAUGAUGGUGUGUUUCCAUAAAACACACCGUUGUCUUCAUGAUAGCUUGGGGGUAUUUUAAGCUCCUGUAAAAGUAAUGACCGUCCAACUCAUCUUCUCUUGAUCCUUGUCGAAAAGGCAGGUACGCUUCACUCGUUGGUACAAAAGCUUGUGGGUUAAUCAUUACAAAUGACAUGCUCUCAUUUCUGUAACAUAGUGUCACGUAACAAUGUUUAGCCAUAAAGAAUUUGCCUUGUGCUGUCCUCUUCAGUAUUUGUUACUAUUCCUCAGGUAACUUCUUUCUCAGGCUGUUCUGUGUGUGAAAAGCAUCUGCUUACUAUGUUUAAUGUUGAAUCUGAAGGCAGUAUUACAGCUAGUAAUGCUAUGAUGUGGCACAAAUCUUUUGCUACAUAAAAAUAAGCUUUUCUGUAGGAUUCUCUAAUAUAUAAUAUAUACGUGAUGAUAAAUUUGUGCAAUAUGUAAUAAAUACAGCUAAAUUAAGCUGUGACAGUUAUUAAAUUGUAACAUUUUAACCUCAUUGUAUAUAUUUAAUUUGUGUAAUAUUGCUGCCACAUUGUUUUAAUUGAGUUUUAAAGCAUUUGAGAUGUAUGCAUAUUGUUUAACAGGCCAAAUCUGAGGAGUGAGUGAACCGGUUAUUGAUUUUUUUCUCAUUGUUUUUGGUGUCUUAACUACUUGUUUAACCAAGUGGGUCACAAGUGCUGCAGGACAUGUUUAUUCUAUGAUCUUUAGACAUGGUGUUGUCCUUGAAUCUUCCUAUUAGUAGUUGUAAGGUGUUACUAUUUUCAUUCAAUCAAAGAACAUCAUAUGCAAUCGUGUAUCUUAAUGUCCAGAUGAAAUGCGUAUCGAUCUUGUGAAAGAAGACUCAACUCUCUAGUGGCAGUACCGGGAGCACGGGCCUUCGCUCGUGCCUCGGAUAUCAGCGCGGACUGAUCUGUUGAAAAUAUUCUAUUAAUAAUUAAAAUGACUUAAUUUCUAAUUAAACAAAAGAAUAAUAUUUAAUAAUGUCCAUCUUAGGCUUUCAUUAAAAACAGUGGCGAGAUGAAUUCUCUUGGCUUUUGAAGCAGUGAUAAAAAUAUGCCUUUUGAAACGAGGCUGAGGCACAGUCCAGUGUCUUUGUAGUUGGUGUGCAAUCUUUCCCUUUAAAAUCUAUUUAUUCUCUCUGCCUUUGACCCAUGACCUACCAUGCUCCUGGAGCUGACUUGUGCCUUUGACUUGCAGCUUGUGCUGAACCCAGUGGCUUAUGUUUGUGGCUUUUACCACUGGUUCAGUUUAGUAUCCAUCUAUAUAUAUAUCUGGGGCUAUUUCUGUCUCACUUUCUUGGUCUGUGGUAAGACAGCCUGUUUUCUGGAGAGUAAUGUUGCUUUCCACCUUUGUUUUGAACGUUUUUAUUUUUAUUGCAAGUCCGCAACAUUUGCGUGUGACUGAAAUCGAGGCAAAGAUUUUUUUGUUGUGUAUAUUGUAUGAAUGUGUUAAAAUGAAUUAAAUGUGUCUUUGCCAUUUCUCUAUUUGACCUGUUCUUAAUUACAAGAUUAAGAAAAACAAACAAAAACAAGAUCAAAUAGUUACAUUUGGUACCAUGGCAGACAUUUCCGGACAACUCUUUAAAACCUAUACGCAAGUACUGUAAGAGUACCUUUUACGAUCAUCAAUAAAUGAAAUGCAAGAAGAAAAAAAGACCAAUGGGUGUGAAAUUUAUGUCUGUCAGCUGCCCAUGCAAUCAGUGAGCCACUAACAACCCUAUAACCUCUUAUGAGACUGCAAUACAUGAAAAGUAAUGUGCCAAUCUGUGCAAUAUUGAAAGAGACACCCUUGAGGGACUUUUCCAACUUU